AUGAUCGGAGCAGCAAUGAGCGAUCCAAGUAGUAGGAAAAGAGUUACCGUCUUUCAGAAUGGAAAGAAGACGGGAGGCAAGGCUGUUAGUAUACCAAAGAAGUGGGGUGAGUUCUUAAAGUUGGUAUCAAAGAAGUUGUUGCUGCCUGUGACUAGGAUCUUCAACGAGGACGGUGGCGAAAUAGAUGAUGUGGAACUGCUCGUACCAAAGGAGAUACUGUACGCAUCAUGUGGCGAAGCAUUCAUCACACCAGGCACACUGAAGGACUUCAUGGUCGGUGGCGGCGUGGCCACCAACAACAACAAUCAUGGCGUGCCAUUCCUCUAUAAUGAGGCCGGUGGCAGAUGUGGCGGCUACGAUGGCAGCGAAUGGGUCACGAUCAAUGUGGGCGGACGCAUCUUCUCCACCACGCGCUCCACUCUUAUCAAGGACCGCGAGAGCAUGCUCGCCAAGAUGUUUGGCGAGAACUGGGAGUCAACACGCGAUUCCAAUGGCAGCUAUCUUAUCGAUCGUUCACCCGAGUACUUUGCACCAAUACUGAACUAUCUGCGAUGUGGCAACAUAAUCAUUGACGAUGGCGUCAACAUCGAGGGCGUCUAUCUUGAGGCGCGCUUCUUCAACAUCAGCGGCAUGACCGACAAGCUGGCGCUGCUGGUCGAUCGCAAGAACCGCACCGAUGUCUUCACUCGAAAGGAUGUCAUCUCCAUCCUGCUGACGUCGUCGUCCAACUCCAGUCUGCGAUGCCAGGGUCUGAACCUGUCUGGCGUCGAUCUCUCCAAACUGGACCUCAGGAACAUCAACUUCAAGAUGACCAACUUCCGCGAGACCAAUCUCUCCAAGUGUAAUCUAGACAAUGCCCUACUACAAGAGGCCGACCUCUCCUUUGCCAAUCUCUGUGGGGCAAGCCUUCGUGGUGCCAACCUCUCAGGUGCCAACCUGGAGAACUGUAUAUUAAGGGGAACGAAUUUCGAAGAUAGAGGUGGACAGAGAGCAACAUUGGAGAGCUGCAACUUUAAGAAUGCAACGUUGGAGGAGGCUAACUUUAGUGGAGCCAAUCUGAGAGUGGCUAACUUUAAGGGUGCCAACUUGGAGAACUGUAACUUCCGUGGAGCGGAUCUUGCCGGUGCCAACCUGGAGGAUACCAAUCUGCGCGGUGCCAACCUGCACAAGGCCAACCUGAUCGGUGUCAAUCUGCGAGGAGCUAACUUUGACAUCAGGACAGUCAGUUCCAGGUAG